AUGGCCAUGGGUGGUACAGAUUACAUACAGAGGUGUGGAGGAGCCCUUAUCAAUGAAGAGUAUGUGCUAACUGCAGCGCAUUGUUUUGCACGAAGAGGGCACUACAUCAAAAACCUCUCUAUCCACUCAAUGUUCAACGUACUUUGGCCAAGUUCCUAUGAUGUGGCCUUGCUUAGGAUAGGUCCACCAGUGAAGUUCAAUGAGACUGACAUAGCACGCCCAAUUUCAACGUUUUCAGGAUGGGGAAUGACUAUGGAAGGUGGAAAAAAAUCGGACAUACUGCGAGAAAUUCACGUCCCAAUUCUACCCUUUAGUCAGUGUAAUAACUUACAACAUUAUGCAGGAAGAGUGCAUUUGCCUUCAAUGAUCUGCGCA